CUGGGCUUCACCUCUUGGAUGUGGAGGAGGUGGAAACGGGAAGCAGGAGGAACCGAGCCGAGGAGCGAGGAAGAGCGUAUAAUGAGCCCGCCGCUGCUGCGCUGUUCUUCCGGCCGCUUGGUGACACUUUUCGGCUCGUUUUCCGCUUCUCGGAGCAAACUCGUCACACACGCAGCAGCGACGCCUCAUUCGUGUUACCUGAGAAAAACGAUGCACUAUCAAACGGAGGAGAGAGGACGCCCCAAUUCAACCGACUACCGGAUUUAUUUUAAAACCUCUGAAGGGAAAUACGUCUCACCGUUCCAUGACAUUCCACUCAUAGCGGAGGGAGAACAGGACAAUGAUGUGCCAGCUAAAAAACCCAAGAAGACUGAGAGUGAGGUGCUCUUCAACAUGGUUGUGGAGGUACCCCGAUGGUCAAAUGCUAAAAUGGAAAUUGCAACAAAGGAACCGCUGAACCCGAUCAAACAAGAUGUAAAGAAAGGAAAGCUCCGGUAUGUUGCCAACGUAUUUCCCCAUAAAGGCUACAUUUGGAAUUAUGGGGCACUCCCACAGACAUGGGAGGAUCCUGACCACACAGAUGAAGAGACAAAGUGUUGUGGGGAUAACGAUCCCAUUGAUGUUUGUGAGAUCGGCACCCAGGUGUGCUCUCCAGGUCAGGUGAUCCAAGUGAAAGUGCUUGGCAUCUUGGCCAUGAUCGAUGAGGGAGAAAUGGACUGGAAGGUCAUCGCUAUCAAUGCUGCCGAUCCAGAUGCCAAAAACCUAAAUAGCAUAGAAGACGUUCGCAAGAGCCGGCCCGGUCAUUUAGAAGCCACUGUCGACUGGUUUAGGAAAUAUAAGGUGCCUGAUGGAAAGCCUGAGAACCAAUUUGGAUUCAAUGGACAAUUCAAAGACAAGGACUUUGCAGUUGAGAUCAUCAAGUCCACCCAUGAGCACUGGAGGGCACUAGUGCAGAAGCAGACGAACAGUUGGGGAAUCGUAUGUAAAAAUAUCUCCUGCUGUGACAGCCCAUUUAAAUGCAGCGCAGAUGAGACCAGAGAUGUGGUCCAAUCGGCCCCUGCGUUUGGCAGCACACAUCCUGUGUCUCCAGAUGUGGAUAAGUGGCAUUUUGUCUGACGCCCCAAAUCCGAAAAAAAAAAAAAUGGAAACCAACAAAACUUUUUAACGUCGUAUGAAGCAGCUGCAUUUUUUUGUAUGCAGCCGGAUUUAUUUUUGGUAAGGACUUAUCAGCUGUAUAAGGUGCCAUCUACGUUUGCCAGCCAAUAAUUUGUGAGGGGGGAAAAAAAAGGGAAUGAUAACUAGCCAGAAAAUUUGAGCCAGUAAAGAGCUGUACUUUGUAAUGUUGAGUAAAGAACCAGAUUGAUUUAUUGUUAACACCGCCUAAUUUAGACGUUAAUAACAAAAAUAAUUGGUCUUCUUUUUAUUAAAUUGGUUCUUAUGUUGUAUAUUUAUUAGAGUAUUUUUGUGGUCAAUGUCCAGGUCCAUCCUGUAUAAAAAAGUCACGCUAAUGUUAAUGCUAAUGCUCGAAUUUGUGUUUUGGACUGUAAUCAGUUUGUGGUUGCAACCACAAACAUAACUCGAUUUGUAUGUAAAAAAAAUUUCUUCCUUUUUGGUUAAAUAAAAAUCGAAGGCGUGG